AUGUCGAUUGAUCUGACUAAUCUUGGAUCAUUAACCCCAAUUCAUACUGAUUUUGGUAAUAAUAAAGAUGAUCUUCUUGUUGUGGAAUAUGAUGUACCACAAACUAAAGUCAAACAAACACUCUUCUAUAAAUAUGGUCAACUUUCCAUACCGAAAUGGGCAUUAAUACCAGCAGGUAUUCUUGCAUUCGGUUUAAUAACUGCUUUAUUUGCUAUUAUUAUUAAUUCAAUUCUUGCACAAUCAUCAAUAACAGUAACAUAUUCUCAAUACUGUUCGAAAACAUCAGUAUGUAAAGAAGGUGUUGGUUUAACAUGUGGAUCACUAUCAAAAUGUGUAUGUAGUUCAACUCAACAGUAUUGGUAUGAAAAUCUAUGUGUUGAUCAGCCAACAUAUACAGAACAAUGUAAUCAGACAACUGAAUGCCGUACUGAUCUUGGUUUAAUAUGUGCUGAAAUCAAUGGUCAAUGUAAUUGUCCAAAUACAACUAAAGUUCAAACAUGUGAUUGUUCUUCAACUUCAUAUUGGACUGGUUUAAAGUGUACAAAUCGUUUAAGUUAUCUAGGUGCAUGUACUGUUGCUGAUACUAGUUAUCAAUGUUUAAGUACUUUAUAUUGUAAUGGUUCAAUGUGUAUAUGUUCACCAUACACUCAAUAUUGGAAUGAUACUGCAAGCGAAUGUUAUUCUGUUGAUAAAUAUCAUGCUCUUUGUAAUACAUCAACUUCAUAUAGUUGUGAUGCAAGUGUUUCAUUACAAUGUUUAUUUGCUGGUGGUGGUUCUCAAUGUCCUUUUAAUGCUACUGCUAAUACAACGUCAUGUGAGUGUGCAAAUGGAACUUAUUGGAAUGGUGGAUCAUGUGUUACUAAAAAAUCAAUUAAUAUAGCUUGUUAUUGGAGUUGUGAAUGUAAUACUGACGCUGGUCUUCAAUGUCUUAAUCUAACGUGUGUUUGUCCUAGUAAACAAUAUUGGUCAACACAGACAUCUUCAUGUGAAGCUCAAAAGAAUUAUACAGAAACAUCAUGUUCUAAUACUACUCAAUGUGAUUCAACACAAGGUUUAACAUGUUAUCUAUCUGGAUCAGCAUGUAAUUGUCCAAUUACUUCAUCAGUUAAUAUGUGUGAUUGUUUGUCAACUCAAUAUUAUGAUUAUAAUCUUACAUCAUGUCAAACACUUCAAUUAUAUAAUGAUACAUGCUAUGGUAAUUAUAUGUGUGAUUCAACAGUAGGUUUGUUUUGUCAACUGAAUACUAAUAGUGCAGCUAAUUGUUCUUGUCCUGAACCUAUUCGUUUAUAUAUGUGUGAUUGUAACAUCACAUCUUAUUGGAAUGGUCUUGCAUGUGUAUCACGUUUAGCACCAAACGUGUCAUGUACAUAUGAAUAUGAAUGUGAAGCAAAUUUUACAUGUUAUGUAAAUGAAACAGAUAAUGGUAUAUUUUCGGAUGUAUGUCGAUGUCCAAUAGGAUAUUAUUAUGUAUCUGGAAGUGGUUGUGUUCCAUCAGUGAAUUAUUCUCUAUCCUGUGAAGGAUCAUAUCAAUGUUAUGAACUAGCACCACUUUCCUGUCGAUAUAAUUAUACGGGUUUAACAUGUUUAGAUAUAGGUGCUUUACCUGCAUGUGAUUGUCAAGAUAAUUAUUAUUACAAUACUAAUUCAGGUCUUUGUUUACCAAAAUUAAGUCGAUUAGGCAAUUGUACUCUUAGCUGUCAAUGCAGUUCACCUUAUGUUUGUACACAAAACUUUCAAUGUGAUUGUAUAGACUAUUAUAGUACUGUAAAUAGCAGUUGUGUUCAAUAUUUACAAUACGGUGAUGCAUGUACAAAUGUGUCUCAAUGUGCAGCAACACCAAGUACUAAUAUGUCAUGUGUGAAUGGAACGUGUGGUUGUAUUUCAACAGGAUAUUGGAGUGGAUCUCAAUGCUCAUUUACAACCAAUUUUCGAUCUAUAUGUACUAAAGAUAAGGAAUGUUUCGGUGAUUUAACAUGCAACAAAAUUAGUUGUAUUGACUCAAACAAAAGAUGUUCAUGCCCUAAUAACCAGGUCUAUAUUGUAGCCAAUACUAGUUGUGUACAAUGUAGUGGAACAAUACUUGGUAGUUAUACAAAAACCGCUGUUAAUUUUGUUAGUUCUGACUCAUGUGUCGCCAUUAAAGCCCCAGCAUAUUUGUUUUCCUCUACUUUAUCAUAUUUGACUGCUAAUACGUUCUGUACAAGUGUCCCAGCCAUAUCCAGCCGUACACCACAGUUAAUUAGUCUUCAUAAUUUAACUGAUCUAAAUUGCCUUGCUACUGCUCUGAAUACUGUAAGUGGUAGUCCGAAAUGUUCAACUAAAUUGUACUUUCUUGGUUUUAAUUCAACAAGCCUGACAUUCUAUGAUGGAACACAAUAUUAUCCUACGUUUAUAGGUACACCUAUAGGUCCAUCAAGUUGUCUUACUAUAUGCUUAAAUGGUGGCAGCACAGGUUCCUUAAUGGCUAGUGAGUGCUCCAAUGCUGGUGGUUUCGAUUUUACCGCGUUUGGUGCCAUUUGUGAUUAUUUUGUAAACUAG